GUAGAAACCUGCAUCUCUAGUUUAAUUCCAUGUAAAUAGUAACUUUAUUUUACACUUAUAACUGGCUUUUAACUGGUAAUUCACCUGUCUUUGGGAAGUAAGCUAACAAAACAAGUGAUAGUGCCCGUAGUUAAAGUGCUUUUACAAUGCUCUGUGUGUUCUGGAAAAGGACUAAAUACCUUUACACAGCUUCCCACCACAUCAGAGUAUGUCGAUAGGUAGAUACUAGCACCCCGAAGGGGCUGGUUUUUGGACAGUAGGUUUCAUCAUACAUGUUGGGCAGCAGGCUCCUUCUAAAAUGAAUCAGAAUUGAUAAAAUCCUAAAAGUACUAGUUCAGGUGAAUCGCAGUCCCAGGAGCUUGAAAAUAUUUUAUGAAAGGUUUAUUAGUAAUGGGAUAUUUUAAGUGCUGUGCUAGUGAAAUUGCUGCUUGGUUGCGUGUUGAUAACCACUUAAUUAGACCCUUCAUCAGCAAUGUUAUGCCUCUUUGUCUCUUUACUAAAAUAAAAGGAGUAGGGCAGCCAUUUAUUUAUUUAUUUAGCUGCCUGCACAAAGUCACUGAAAACCCUGAUGUAACUUUGAAGUUAACCCUGUUUUGAACAAGGAGUUGGGCCUGUGACCUCCAAAAAUCUCCUUCAACCAAAGUUAUUUUGUUGUUUGUUUUCCUGGAACAACUAUCUAAGGCCUUGUGCCCACAGGAAUAUUGCACAACGUAGCAGGAGUUAUUGUCUACAAAUUCCUUCUGUUCACACACCAUGUCCAUCUUAAACCAUGGGAACGGUUUUGCACAGUAAAGUCUUAACAGUCCAGCUUUGCGCAUGUGUGGAGGGCUUGUGGGUUGGACGCACAGCAAGUCCAGCUUUCCUGGAAUUGUGUAAAGACUUAAUUUGCUCACCUGCUGAAUGGCUGACUUGUACCAUUAAGUGUGAGAGGGCCCUGAGAGCGUCCCUAAGUUAUUGUUACUGCCUUGGUUGGUUGGUUUUUUAGCAGAAGUGUUUGUGAUCUGAGAAGAUGUUUCUGUGUCACCCUGUGUGUUUGCUUCUGCUCUGUGCUGCUUCCAGAGUCAUCUUUUGAGUUGUCACUUCUGUGUAAAUACCUGGAUGGCUGUAACCACGCCAUUUAAAUACAUGGUAGCGAUGAUUUUGUCCUCGCUGUGUAACGUCUGUGUGACAUCCUUUCUUUCCUUUGCACCGCCCUCCGUUUCUGUGUGGGUUCUGACAAGGCUGCAGACCCGACUGCUUUAUUCAGUCCAUCUGGAGAAGUCAUCAGGCUGCAGAUGCUUAUAAGAGGCUGUUGGAACAAAUUGAGGUGAAAGAGUACUUGAGCUGUUCUCGGUGUUGAGUCAAAGCACAGGAAGUCUGCCAGAAGACCUUGAAGACAAGGGGUUCGGGCAGAUCCCCCCCUCCCUGGUUCUGCCUCUGCUCCCUUCUCAGGGCUUGGCUGGCUGCUGCCUUGCUGGGGCAUAGUGAGGUGUCCCUCUCCUUUUUGAGCGCAAAGGAAUGAACUCUUGAGUUUGUUUUGCGAUAGUAAGUAUAGCUGUUGGCCAUGGGAGAGAUUACCAUAUGCCACUUCCUAAACUGUUCCUCCUGUCUGCUGUGCCACCCAGUGAUUGUGCACUCUCCUUCCACAGAAGAUGCAAAGCCCUGAGGCUCUGUAAUCAAAUGGGUUGCAUGGAACAUGUUGUGGCAGAGAUGCAGGAGGAGAAGUCACCCGAAAAGAUACGUAUCUGCUGUCCUGGGGUUUUUUUUUGUAAACUCAAGGCUUUGUAAAGUCAAGGCCUCAAACAAAGCUACAGCAGCCUCAAACAAAGCUACAGCAACCUCAGACGAAGCUGCAGCAACAUGAGAAAGCUCAAGUUUGCAGUGCUUGUAUUUAGAGUACUGCAGCCAAAUUCUGUCAGCCACUCAGUAUACUUCAAGGGUCAUUCGUAGGCGUCAGAGAAGAUCUCAAGACAAUAAUAGUGCUCUAUUUUAGCAUACUCAUUACAAAGUGUAACUGCCCUCUCUGCCUCUAGCAACUAUUUUUUCCUCAUACUCAAAUGGUGCAGAAGUGGAAAGGCCGUUGUCAUAAGCAGCAGUAUUGCUUCUCUGCCUAAUUCCCUCAUUGUCUUCUUAAAUGAGACCUUUUUCUUUCUCUGUGGACUCGUAUAAGGAAAAUAACCUUCAGCAAAAAGAUGCUUUGCCGUGGCGUGCUUGUAAUUAUUGGUGUAUUCAUCUUGAAGAAAAAGCAAUCAAACUACUGGGCUUUUUAUGCUGACGGGGAGCUGUGCUGGGAGACAUGCCUUUUCAUGAAAGGAGACAUAGCUUUGAAAGAAAUUGAAAUGCUGUUUACAAAUCAUGAGAGAAGUAACAUCUCACCAUUGUUAAUGUGGAGUGGGAGUGAGACAGUGGGUUCCUGUCCUCAUCCUGAUUUCUUUAGCUUCUCUAACUAAUGGGCCUGUGACAUAUCUGAAGAGCGUGGGGUUUGCUGUAUGUCUGAAUAUAAAGGACAAGAGGAUCUUCUGAAUUCCUUCCAGUGUCAGUGCAGGAGGUGGAUGCUUUUGAGCACAGAAGAUGGCUGUGGUGUGGAGGGGAGCCUCUGUAACAGCUGGUCCCGCCGUGCCAGGGCAGCUGAAGGUGUUCUGCAAAACGCAGAGAGCACAAGGAGCUCAGUCCCUGUGGUUGUAAGCUUACUGCUAUGGACAGUGCUAUCACCCUGUGGCAGUUCCUCCUCCAACUCCUCCAGGAGCCUCAGAACAAGAAUAUCAUCUGUUGGACCUCCAGCGACGGGGAGUUCAAACUGCUGCAGGCAGAGGAGGUGGCCAGACUCUGGGGAAUCCGCAAGAACAAGCCCAGUAUGAACUAUGAUAAACUCAGCCGUGCUCUCAGAUACUAUUAUGUGAAGAAUAUCAUUAAAAAAGUGAAUGGUAAGAAGUUUGUGUACAAGUUUGUUUCUUAUCCGGAGAUUUUAAAUAUGGAUCCACUUGUCGUGGGCCGUAUAGAAGGAGACCCUGAAAUGACUGGUUUUGCGGAAGUUAGCAGUGCUCCAAAGGAUGUGGAAAACUGCGGGAAGGAGAAGUCUCAGUCCUGUGCUAAAUCCUCCAGCCGCAAUGACUAUAUCCACUCAGGCUUGUACUCCUCUUUUACUCUGAACUCCCUGAACUCUUCCAGCAUAAAACUCUUCAGGUCCAUCAAGAUUGAGAAUCCAGCUGAGAAACUAACAGAGAAGAAACCUGCUCAGGAUCCAACGCCCUCUGUCAUCAAGUUUGUAACCAUGCCCUCCAAAAAGCCUUCAUCUGUCCCCCUGGUCUCUACCACUUCAACGGUCUCUGCCACUUCCACUGCUUCUGCCACUUCAACCACAUCCUCUCUUCCCAUGGGAUCGGAAGAAACUCUCCAGACCUUGGAGACGCUUGUUCUACCCAAGUUAACUGUCCCUGAAGCUCCAGCACCUUUGCCAAACUUAACCACCAGCUUCACCCCAACUCCACCCAUAUCCUCAGUUUCUCCUACUCUGCAAGUUCCUUCCACACCCCCGUCGCCGCCCCUGAGCUCUAAUCCUGACCUGGACAUUGACACCGACAUAGAGUCUGUGGCUUCUCAGCAGCUGGAGCAGGCUCAGAGCCUUCAGCAUCAAUCCCCAGAGCCCAAAGAACAGGAUUCUUCUGUGCUGGAGAAGGAAUUUGCCAAUCACCUCUCCAGAUCUAAAAAACCCAAAGGGCUGGAGUUGGCUCCUACUCUCGUCAUUACAGGCAGUGAUCCAAGUCCACUGGGGAUUCUGAGUCCUUCUCUCCCAACUGCUUCUCUUACUCCAGCACUUUUCUCUCAGACUCCCAUCUUGCUGACCCCAAGUCCCUUGCUCUCCAGCAUUCACUUCUGGAGUACGCUAAGCCCGGUUGCUCCUCUCAGUCCUGCAAGGUUGCAAGGUGCUAAUACACUCUUUCAGUUUCCAUCAGUGCUGAACAGUCAUGGCCCAUUUACUCUGUCUGGACUGGAUGGACCAUCUACCCCUGGCCCGUUUUCCCCUGAUCUGCAGAAGACAUAGCACAUGAACUCAUGGAAAGGACAUAUUGGCAAGCAAGGGAAAGAUAUGACACUUACAUUUAACCAUGUUUUUUUAAAUGAACAAUUUAUAAUUCCACAGAGAUUAUCAACAAUCAUAGUUUUUGCCAUUCCCAAAUAAAAUGCCUUUUUUGCAAAAUUCCCUUUUUUGAAGACCCAGGUUGGGAAUGUAUAUUAUGCAAACGCCUUAAUAGGAGCUGAAGCUCCGGUCUCUUCUCUUCCCUCCUUGGUUUGGAAGACUUCACUAUGGUUUAAUGGAGUUUUGACUGGUGUUGCAGUAACUGAGUCUGCACUGAUUGCAGUAAACAGUAUCAGAGAAGUCUUUUCUCUGUGACUCUUGGAAAACCCCUCUGUUCUUCUGCUUCCUGUGCUUGGCAAGAAGAAAUCUAAUCACGAUCGAAGCUGGCAUUCCAGGAAAUGCUUUGGGAAAGGGGUGUGUGCAUCGGCUUUGCCUUGGGGCCCGAUAACUUCUGCAGCAACAAAACAGCCUGCGUCUUUUCUGCUGUAAAAACAUCUUGUCUUUUUGCAGGGAGAAAUUUUCAAGGAAUAUUCAAUGAUUGUGUUAUUGAGAUAUGGACAAUUUUUGAAUGGCAUUGUAUACCGACAGUCCAGCCCCUCAGAGAAGUUGUCUGGCUAGCUUCUGGAUGCUUCCCUGCCCUCCCUUCGGUGAGGAGGCGAGGUCUGGAGAUGGAUGAAUGGUGUGAUUAAUUCCUUUCAGUUUUCAGAAAGUUUGAAUGCUGAAGUCCAAACAUUUCUUGUGCCAGAGACCUGUUAGAAAGCCUGUAAUCUCACUGCUAGAAGAUUAGCAGGAUGGUGGAUUUUACAUGAGGUUUUGAGGGUGUGUCUGUAUUUGAGGUUGCUGCCUGAUGCUAGAGUUUCAGACCCAAACAGUGGGUGAGAACACUAACGUCUCGGCAUUAACGUUACUGCUCUUUUCCCACAGUCGAAGUGGAGAAGCUCCUCUUCUACCAGUCUUAUCUCAAGUUUUGCUACAGAUUACUGCUUUUCUUAUUUGAAGAAGCGCUCAAGCCCAAAGUUAGGCUCAGUGUGUACAGCUAGCUGAGAGAGGUACCACGGCAUAUCAACCUUACUGUAAAUUUGUGCUUGCAUUGCUUUUCUUGGUGGCCGUGUGUGUAUGGGUUAGAACAAGAUUAGUAUCCAGAGGCAUUUGAAACACUGAUGAAAUGAAAUUUGUAGUUAGAUCUUUAGACCUCAGGAGGCCUUUUAAGAGAACUGAGGCACGGAAGAAGAAACGCUCUCCUCUCAUGGCCCCUCGGAGACUGCAUGUCUUGGUCUGUUGGUGCUGGGCGCUGUGCCCUUCCACUUUGGGCAUCUGAAGUCAGGCAGCAACUUCUGUUUGCUACUGUGUACAUUGAGUUGGUGACAUGAGAUAAUCUCCAUAAAAUGCGCACUAGAAGACAGAUGGAGACCAUCUCUUUCCUUUGGCAUCCUCACUGGCUGUCCUCAAAGUUUUAAUGAGCAGAGGAAGAUUGUACCUUUACAGCAGGAGGAGCUGGCAGUGUACGCUGUAUAUAUUGCACCUGUCUUACGGAUAAGUGGUGAACUCGAGCUUUCCAGAGUUUUCCUUUUGCCACUUUUGCAGACUCUGAGUUCACUUUAAAGCGUAUGACAAUACCCAAGACUUAAUUUACUGCAGUGACGUUAUCUUUUUCUAUUAUAGCAUUGAAAUAUGUAAACCACUUAGUAUGUUCCUGACAUGCCACCCGAGGCAGGUGGGUGUAAUGGAGUUGCUUUUUGGGCAUUGUACAUCCAGAAAGUCCCCUGCCCGGUGGGAGAAAAGGGUAUGCCUGUCUUUAGGUGGAGAUAGCAGGGAGUGAGUUCGUGUAGUGAACUGUCUUCCUGUUCGGUUAUGCCAGGGGUAUAAUACUGCUUUGCGUUUUAGACAGCAGCAGAUGCAGGAUAAAGUUCUUGUGCCAGUGGCUCUUAAAAUGACAAUGUGCAAUAUUGACCUUUUUUGUUUUUAGAUGCAGAAAGCAAGCUGUGGAUCAUAAUUAAGAGCAGGCACCUGGAAUUUUCUGGUUUGCAUGAUAGCUUGUGAGUCUGCUCUAGAAAAUAUAUAUAGCUAUGUAUAAAUAGCAGCACUUUUAAUGUUGUUUUAGGUUGGCCAAUUUUAUGCCCACGACGUGUGUGGACUUGAGCAACAUUGCAGACUAGGAUUAGAAUUUAAAAAUAAUUAAUGAGCACUAAAGACUUGCAAUUUAAUUGCUUCCCUUUCCUUGUCCCCUAUGGAAAAAAGCCAAGUUUAUUUGUUUAAAAGUUGUGUAUGUGCACACAUGCACUUAAUUUUUUGUAAACUGUAUCACUUUCAGCAUAGGUAUGCAAGAGAACCAAAUGCUAAUAGCUUGUCAGUUGUGCUUGGCCUAAUUUCACGCUCUUCUCCGAGUAGCUUCGUAAGAUUGCACUGCCAUAGCUGGUUGAUGAGAUACACGUUUCCUUUGGGAAUACCUUCUUCAGAGAAAGUUAAUAUGAAAAUGCAGCCUGUACGUGUUGGUUUCAGUCUGGUAAGAUCCAACUUCCUGACAGAUAGCACUGAGAAGAGGAUUGCUUUUGCUUCUUGAGCACCUGCCUUGGAAAAUGAAAGUCCCAGCUAGGGUUGUAAUCUCAGGAGGCAGUUGGGAAAGCAAGUUGAAAGGGAGGGGAGGUGUGAGAGGAGAGGCUUGCUCACCUUUUCUCCAUUACAACUUUCAGGUCACUUAAGGUAAUAUGAUCUUGUAUAUAUGCUGCCUCAUUAAACACACACUUACUAACAAGGAUAGAACUGCCAGCUUUUUUGGACCACAUUCCUGACAGAGCACAGUGUCGCUGUGGCUUCUUGGAGCUUGGUUAUGUGAAUUGCUGGUACUUUCACUAGCUCACUUCAGGAGCAGUUUGCAGCUCGUUGCAACUUGUUUUUAAUUUAGUGUAGGGAAGGCGGGGGUUAAUAUAGGCUCUUUUUUAAUUAUCAUGUUAGCAGUCUGUAAUAUGGGUAUAGUACUGUGUUGGUUUACAAAAAUAAUAACGCAGCAUUAUGGAAACAUUUUAUUACACUGCAAUUCAUGUUGCUGAAUUAGCCAUGGUAUUGUUGAAUGCUUGAUAAUAUUUGCAUUGGUUAAUUCAUAGAUGGUGGUAGAAUUAGACUGGAUGAGCACGGAAGUUGAACAUCUGUCUUGCUUCUGGAAAUCUUUUACAUAUCACUGCUGCUGUAUAAUAGUACUGCAGAGUUGAAAAGCUUGCGCUGCUGUUGCUGUGUGUGCUAUGUCUGGCUUUGUUUGAGAUCCUGAACUGUCAGGAUGCCACUAGCGACACGUGCAGCUAGCAGAAACAAUCCAUGGAAAGCAGAAAUGUGUUAAUAAUACCCUGCGGUUGGAGAACCAUACUUGUUCUGUCUUACCUGUUUGCAGAGAAUGGGAUCCUAGUAAUGAUGGAGGGAAGUGUUUUGGUUUUUUCCUUAACAGCAGCUUAAGUCUAGAUCCUUGUUUCAGAAAUCUGUCUUCAGCAAGUGACGGCUGAAUGUAGUUCCUAUGCACUGUCUUUGGCACAUUGAAGUUGCGUUUUGCAAUAGGUCAGGAAGUGAUAAAAUGCCUUGAAUUUGAGAAUUCAUUGUUUUAACUUGGAGCAUCCUAAGACUUUGGUAUCCAUGCAGUCUUUGGUAUAAUGGACCGUGCGUUAUAAUAUGAAAGGCUUUGGUUGUUCAGUGGUUUGUUCGGGAUAAUUUCUCCCUCUGGUAUGUUUUCAAACCUCAGAUAUCUAGCAAAUAGAUUCUUCCUGGUUUUUUUAGCGUUCAUUUUAACCACAGUGAAGGCUGCUUAAGUGCAUAUCUUCCUUUACACGGCUUUUCAAAAUGCAGUGAGAUGCAUUAAUGUCAGAUUCCUUCAUGACUUCAACUUUCAUGCGAGAACUUCUGCAGGUUGAGAUCGGAUGAAAGAGCUAGCCUAGCACAUUGAUGCAGUUUCUCAGGUGAGCACAGGCGCAGAGUUCUGGUCCACUUCUGUAGCAUUUUUCUAGUGCUGAGGUCAGAACCUACAAUUCUGACAAUCUGUUGGCUACCCAUGGUUUAUUCAUAUAUCUUUUAGUUACCUUUUGCUACUGUUUUAUAGCAUUUUUGUAUGUACUCAUGUUUUACUAUACAAUUUAACCUCUUCCAUUUUUAAUGCAUAUUUGUUUACAAGACACAUCUCAGUGUUGUAUCAAGAGGCUAUCUUGGUAUUGUCAGCUAUGAAAAUAAACUACGUCAGUAGUUAAGGAACAUUGUCAAAGCUGACAGGUAUUUCAAAACUUGAUGUUCAAGUUCUGGGUGUCCAUGAUAAUUUUGUUCUAUUUUGUUCCUCAGUUCUCCUGUGUAAGAAAUAUACGUUCCUUCUGGCCUCUGAGGUCAUGGGUAUGGAUAGAUUAUUUUGUCUUAAUAAUCACGGAGCAUAGUAUUGCAAACAAACAGCCCGAGCCCCACGGGACCUUACACUCGGCAAAUAAGUUGAAAAUCCACUAGAAUUGCAGUCAUGUUGCUUAGAAGCUAUUUGGGAUCUUUUAAUAAGGUAUAGUAUGUCUUGCCUAAACAGGAAUUUUUAUGGUUUGAUUUGAAUUUAAUUAAAGAGUAAUUGGCAAUGGUUGCUGUUCAGUCUGAACAGUAUUAGCAAAUCUGCUUAAUGUGGAAGCCUUUGGCUAUUGCCAUCAAGUUGAGUGGUGGUUAAUAUGUGACAUGCUAAAGUUGAUCUGCUGAAAUCAGAGGCUGUCGGAUGAAGAUUAAAAGAUAAAACACAGUGACAGUUGUUUUACACAGCCCUUCAGGGCUAUUGCUGCAAAAGGCUUUGUCUUGGAACAACAUCUGUGGACGCGGCAUUCCACUUGCUUUGAGCGUGUAGUAUUGGCCAUGCAGGAGCCCUUUGGAAAAGCUGAUUGUGGACAGGGAAGAAUUUUUGAAAAUAGAACCAAAUCUUUUCCCUGUAGCCUGCUUUUAGUCAUAAGGAUAUAAUACGGGAGCUACAAAGCUGCAGUAAUGGCAGUGCUGCUCUGUUUCUGCAGUCUGUGUGUCACCAACAGACCUUCCACUGAAAUUUCCUGAGUGUCUUGGUGCCGUCUAAAGCAGAAAGGUUAAGCUUUGCUUUUGGGUGUCUAGCGGAUCCUGAACUGAGGAAUGUUGUUCUUGCCUUU